CCAUUUGAACCAGCUUUUUGAUUGAACCAUUUGAACAAGAGAGGUGGAGAAUGAGGCCACGGGAGAUUUUCUUUUUAAGGGUAUAAUAGAGGUCUAAAUAACAUAUGGAGACUUCUAACUUCUGAAGCAUGAAUUCCCAAUGAAAUCCUAGGCAGAAGAAUGACGUGGGAAAACUGGACAAUUGUCAAUGAGUUCAUUCUUGUGAGCUUUUCAACCUUGUCCUCUGAGCUACAAGCUCUAUUGUUUCUCCUUUUUUUGACUAUUUACCUGAUUACCCUAAUGGGCAAUGUUCUCAUCAUCCUGGUCACUACAACUGACUCUUCUCUACAAAAUCCUAUGUACUUCUUCCUCAGGAAUUUGUCCUUCCUGGAGAUAGGCUUCAACUUGGUCAUUGUGCCCAAGAUGCUGGGGACUCUGAUCAUCCAAGACACAGCCAUCUCCUUCUUUGGCUGUGCCACUCAGAUGUAUUUCUUCUUCUUCUUUGGGGCUGCUGAGUGCUGCCUCCUGGCCACAAUGGCAUAUGACCGCUAUGUGGCCAUCUGUGACCCUUUGCACUACCCAAUCAUUAUGAGCUGCAGGGCCUGUGCCCAGCUAGCAGCUGCCUGCUGGUUCUCAGGGUUUCCAGUGGCCACUGUGCAAACCACAUGGAUUUUCAGCUUCCCUUUUUGUGGCCCCAACAGAGUGAACCACUUUUUCUGUGACAGCCCACCUGUCAUUGCCCUGGUGUGUGCUGAUACCUCUCUGUUUGAACUGGAGGCUCUGACAGCCACUGUCUUAUUCAUUCUCUUCCCUUUCUUGCUGAUCCUGGGGUCUUAUGUCUGGAUCCUCUCCACUGUCUUCAGGAUGCCCUCAGCUGAGGGGAAACACAAGGCCUUCUCCACCUGCUCCUCCCAACUCCUGGUUGUCUCCGUCUUCUAUAGCACUGCGAUCCUCACAUACUUCCGACCCCGAUCCAGCACCUCUCCUGAGAGCAAGACUCUCUCCUACACAGUGGUGACUCCCAUGUUGAACCCUAUCAUCUACAGCUUAAGGAAUAGUGAAGUGAAGGCUGCACUGAGGCGAAUCAUCCACAGGACCCUGGGCCCUCAGAAACUAUGACUGACUGAGAUGCAAACCAAAGGGGUAGAAUGCAAGGACAAGGGAAAGAAAAAAGAACUGCUCAAAUGGGUUUUGGUCCCUACUCAUUCUAAGAGCCAUGAUAUACACCCCAGGAUUUUGGACUUCACAAGUACCUGUUUCUGAAUGAAAGAACAUGAGUGAUGAAGGAGAACUUCUGUAGGCCCAGGAUUCUGUAGGACUGUGGGACCAACAUAUCUGAGGAUGCUGCUAGUUUACACAGAUUGGGAGCUAAUGUGAAGGUUGACAAUUGUAGUGACAAUACUACAAUUUGCCAUUCUUUACUUGUUUUAACUUUUCUUGAACUUCUUCAUCCAUUUUUUUUAUAAUCUCCUGCUUUACAUUUUCUAUUUGUCCAAAAAUUCUCCUGCAACUUUCAAGGAUCUUUUUGCUUACAAGAUAAACUUAUGACAA